AUGGAGGAGUUACCCGAAGUCCAAUCCGACAAACCAACCGACGCAAACGAACACUGCCCCGGCACCGAAUCCGAACAAGCCGGUAAAUCAGCCGCCUGUGACCGCUGCCCCAACCAACAAAUCUGUGCCUCCGCCCCGAAAUUCGAUCCCGACCUCCCGAUAAUCGAGGAGAGACUCCGUGACGUCCGGCACAAGAUCUUGGUGUUGAGUGGGAAGGGUGGGGUGGGGAAGAGUACGUUUACGUCGCAGUUGAGCUGGAGUUUAGCGCAUGAUCCGGAUGCUCAAGUCGGUGUUAUGGAUAUCGAUAUCUGUGGGCCGUCGAUUCCCAAGAUCAUGGGUUGUGAAGGCGAGACGAUUCAUACUUCGGGGUCGGGGUGGUCACCAGUCUACGUCGCUGAUAACCUAGGCGUCAUGUCAAUCGGCUUCAUGCUCCCAAACCCAGACGACGCAAUCAUCUGGCGCGGGCCCAAGAAAAAUGGAUUAAUCAAACAAUUUUUGAAGGAUGUCGAAUGGGGCCCACUGGACUUUUUGGUGGUCGAUACCCCGCCUGGGACAAGUGAUGAACAUUUGAGUAUCUCGCAAUACCUCAAGGCUUCGGGGAUCGAUGGUGCGGUGGUCGUGACGACGCCACAAGAAGUCGCACUCCUCGACGUCCGUAAAGAAAUCGAUUUUUGCCGCAAAGCCGAUAUUCCCGUCCUCGGAAUCGUCGAGAACAUGUCCGGAUUCGUAUGUCCCUCCUGCUCGGGCGAAUCAUACAUCUUUGCCCCGACAACCGGAGGUGGGCGUGCGUUGGCCGAGGAUAUGGGCGUGGAUUUCUUGGGUGCGGUACCGCUUGAUCCGAGGAUUGGGAAGGCGUGUGAUUAUGGACAGAGCUUUUUGGAUGAGUAUCCGGAAAGUCCGGCGAGCGAGGCGUUGAUGGGGAUUAUCAGAAAGAUUAGGGAGAAGAUUGGGGAGCCGUUGGAGGAGGAAGAGUGA